GAAAAACAGAAGCUGUCAUCAAAAACUUCAGCCCACACUACAGACGCCAAUAUGCGGUGGCUUUUUGCAAGCACGUGCAAGCUGAACUGGAGCAGCACCGGGAUUCCCAGUCCCGGUUCCUGAAAACCAAGCCCCCAGUGGAAGCUGGGACAAUCUUAUAUGAAGCAGAGCUGCUGCAUUUUGCUGAGGAUCUGAAGAAGUGGAAGGACAGAUAUGUCGUCAUCAGAAACGACUACACUGUGGAUUGCUUUGAGACUAAGGAGGCCUGCCAGAAAGGAGCUAGCCCUAAAUAUCGUGUUCUUCCUGCAGGAGGCAAAGUACUGACUUCAGAAGGAGAUUACAAUUUGCUUUCUGACAAACAUUUUCCAGAUCCUGUUGGGUCAAGUGAGAAGGAGGUUGCUCAAGCUUUCGUUCAGCUGCCGAGGGAGUUCCCGGUGUACUUGUGGCAGCCCUUCGCCCGGCACAGCUACUACUGCUUCACGGACCCAGAAGCUCAGAGGCAGUUCAGCGCCGUGCUGGGGGACUGCGUGAGACACUCAAACCAUGAUUUUCUCAAGCAGACCACGUAUGAAGUUGAAGCAUUCUUAGAAGCCAUCCAGUUCUUCCGGCAGGAGAAAGGCCACUAUGGGACCUGGGAGAUGAUCACAGGCAAUGAAAAAGAGAUCCUAAGCAACCUCGUGAUGGAGGAUCUCCUGCCUAAUCUUCAGACGAUGAUCCUGCCUAAAAUGAAAGGAAAGAGGAAUGAUAGGAAGCGAGCCUGGUUUGGUAUCGUAGAAGAAACUUACAGCUUAGUCCAGCAGCAGGUGUCAGAAGGAUUAAGUACCUUGAAAGAAGAAUGCAGAGAUUUUGCAAAAACCCUUGAAGGAACCAUUCGUUCAGACAUGGAUCAGAUUCUGACCUCCAAGAACUUCCUAGCUGGAAAAAUCAAAGCCACUGUUUCUGAGCCUGCCCAGAAGUGCUGCACAGAAAAUAUCCAGCCUUUUCUCACCUCCAUAUUAGAGGAGCUCAUGGGUCCGGUGAGUUCUGGAUUCACUGAAGUCCGAUCACUUUUUGAUAAAGAAGUUAAUGAAAUCAUCCAGGACUUCCAGAAGACAAAUGAUAUCACGAAGCUAAAGGAGAACGUGGAUCAGCUUAUGAACCUACCAUUCAACUCCAUGAAAAUGGAGCCCUGCUAUCAGAAAGUGAACCUCCUCCAGGAGCUUCUUCAAGACCUCAAGAGUCGCUUCAAGGUCUAUCACAUGGAUUUUGUGAUUCAGAGGACACAAAACUUCAUGCAAGAGCUGAUGGAAAAUGCGGUUUAUACUUUUGAACAGUUGUUCUCUCCAAGUCGCCAGGCAGACUCAGCAAAAGUUGCAACAGCCAUUGAAAAAGUCAAGCAGAGAGUCCUGAAGCAAUACGAUUAUGACAGCAGCACUAUCCGGAAGAAGAUUUUUCAAGAAGCACUGGUACAGAUUACUUUGCCCACAAUGCAGAAGACACUGGCUUCAACGUGCAAACCAGAGCUGCAGAAAUAUGAGCAGUUCAUUUUUGCUGAUUACACUAAUGUGAUCCAAGUAGAGAAUGUGUAUGAAGAGAUUUUGUAUCAGACACUACUUGAAGAAACCCUGAAAGUGAUAAAAGAAGCUGCCAUUAUGAAGAAACACAACCUCUUUGAAGACAACCUGAAUUUGCCCUGUGAAAGCAUCUCCAGCUUAACAGACCUGAAGACCCCUUCAGGAUCAGCACAAACCACUCCCGCCAAGAAGCCUUCCACUGCCCGAGCUGAGAUAUCAGACACUGAAACUCAAAGUGAUGAGACGCUCAUUGUGACGGAAAAAAUUUCUUGGGAGAAGGACGCUGAUGAUAGAAAGUCAUCAGACAAAGAGGCAGUCGUUCCUGUUCAUGCAGCUGGUGAUCAGGCAAGCGAAAGCAAAGAAGUAGUCAUUACAGACAUCACUGGAAAACAGGAGUCCCUUUCAGCUAUCCUUACAAAACAAGAGGUUGCAGAGGAAAAAAACACUUUGGAGAAUGAAGACACAGUGAAAACAGAGUUUUUAGCAAACACUGAGAAAAAGCCAGAAGCUGUGGAGGAAGAAGUAGCUCCUGAAACUGCACUGAAAGAUUUUGGCACCAGCCCUAAAAAAGAAUUUAAGGUAGAUGAAGGAGCAGGUGAGGAAAAGUUAACUUGUGAGAAAGAAAGCAAAGCACCGGAAGAAGUUGCUGAGAUAAAGCUGUCUUCCUCACGUGAUAAUGUAGCAGAAGCAGAAAUUUUAGGGAAUACUGAAGAGAAGAUAAAGGCAGAAAACAAAAUUAUGGAAGAAUUAUCUCAGCGUGAAAAUGUGGUAGGAACAGGGUUUGGAGGGGAUAAUGAACAAGAAAGCAAUGACCAAGGAGUGAGUUCUGAGACAGGGGGUGAAAACGUAGGGAAAUGGGGGGUUGGGGAUAAUCCUGCAGAAGAAAGCGAGUCAGAAGAAAAGAGUUGUAAAUCCCCUGAUGACGUGAAUGAGAUAAGGAAUUUGCUGAUGGUAACGGUUGAGGUACCAGCAGAUACUCCAGCACAAAACCUAAAGGAGCUUUGGGAAGGUGAGGUACUGAAGUUGCAGGACCACAAUAAAGGGAAUGAGAUGAGCGAAAUGGCUGCAGCAGAAACUCAAGUGAACCAGAUGACAAUGGAUAAAGAUGCAGCAGAGUGCGCCAAGUUCAAGGAGGACCGACCCCCUUCAUCUAGUUUUGGGACAGAUGGCACGAAUUUAGUGAAUGUGUCCGAUGGAGCCUGCAAUACGGCACAAGCGGAAUGGCUGGUGGGAAGCUCAGAUACAUCUCAAGAGGCGAAGGCAGAGGUGGAGAUCAAGCAGAGCGUUUGGUACACGAGUGCGGGAAGCUGCGAAAGUGAUAGAUCUCAGUCAGAGGAACAUGCUGGCAAUGUGUCUGAAGGCAGAAGGUUAGACAGGGAGGAAGGAGGAGCAGGGAAUAGCCCUGCUGUCCACGCGGAGGGAGGAACUGAGAGCUCUGAAAAUGCAGACACAACGCAAGUGCCAGUUUUGGAUACAGAAAACCCAAGAGCAGGACUGCCAGACGUGCCAGUUCCUUUGGUGCUGGAGCAGGGCGAGGUUAGCACUGCCAAGAUCACAGGAGAUACAGAGACAG